AUGUCGCCGAGCUUGAGGACACUUUCCCGCCAAGAGCGGUUCUACUUGGACACCAUGACCAAUUUGAAGCAUUUUGUGGAGAAUUUUACGGCUGAGCGCGAUAGAGGACAGCUCGAAGGAUGGAAGCAACGAGCGGAGGCUUUGUACAGUGACUUUCAGGCCAAUCGAUUAAAAAUUGAGCUGUACGGCGAUGAAAGCGAUAGGCUCGAAACGGAUGAAGAAGGCAUGAGAGUUUCGGAAGAAGCCAAUCGCGUCAUUCGACAGGGGUUCGAAAACGAUUUUGUACGGGUCCACAGUUUUCUCACUAGAGAACUUCGCAAAUUUUCCGCAGGAACGCAAGCAAUUGUCCCCUCUACCUCCAGAGGCAGUGUAAAUGUUACCGAAAACGCCUUCUCUCGUAUCAAGCUCCCAGAAGUUAAACUCCCAACAUUCUCUGGGUGCGUUUCGGAAUGGAUUACGUUCCGAGAUACUUUCAAAUCUCUCAUAGACUCGAACCCCCAGCUAUCGUCUAUCGAUAAGCUAUCGUAUCUUGUUGCUUCCCUUUCCAAAGACGCUAAAAGGGUUAUCGAAUCCGUCGAGCACACUGCUGCCAAUUAUUCUGUCGCUUGGACCUUGUUGGAAAGGCGAUUCGACAACAAGAAGUUAGUCGUGAAAACCUACAUUGAUUCCCUAUUCGCGAUCGAGCCUAUGAAGAGAGAGUGCUACGAGUCUCUUAUGCACCUGGUUGAUGAUUUCGAGCGAAACCUGUGCAUGAUUGACAAGAUGGGCAUUCCAACGAAAGGAUGGAGUGUGUUGCUGGCACACAUGGUCUGUAGCCGACUGGAUCCGUCCACACUUAAGCAGUGGGAAGCUCAUCACCGAUCAACAGAGGUUCCCAAAUACGAAGAUCUAAUCCAGUUUCUUCGUACUCAUCUUACGGUGCUGCAAUCGCUGCCACCGUCGAAGUCUCGCUCGUUCGAACCCGCUAAACCGGAAUCGUUCCGGUCACAGAAAUCCAAAAUAAAUACAGUCCACACCGUUACUACAGUUAGUCCGUCAGCUGGUGCGUGCCCGUUCUGUUCGAAACCGUCCCACUCUCCCUUCAAGUGCGAGGUGUUCCAGAAGUUGUCAGUCGCCCAACGUUUCGAGCAGGUCAAGAAGAAAAACCUCUGCAUCAACUGUUUCUCCUCCUCCCACCUACUUAGAAAUUGCUCUUCCAGUGCAUGCAGAGUAUGUAGCCAGAAGCACCACACCAUGCUCCACCAACAAUCGCAAGAUCGUUCGUCCACCCCGACAAAACCACCCACUUCCGCUGUCAGUUCGCAAUCGUCGUCGUCACCCUUGGGCAACCAAACAUGCCCAUCGAACCAACCCUCACACUCUCGAACUCCGCCGUCAGCGGAAGCACAAUCGCCGUCAGCCAACGCCUCUACUCUCGUCUCCACCACUCUCGUCGGAAGUUCCCGUACUGUUCCUGCCACUGUGUUGCUGCAGACUGCUGUCAUCAAGAUCUUCGACAAUCACGGACACCAUCACUGGGCCCGAGCGCUCUUGGACUCCGCUUCUCAACUCAGCCUGGUUACUGAAAAUCUCGUCCAGAAACUUCAGUUACCUCGCCACUCCGAUCGCCAAGAAAUCGGAGGUGUGGGUAAUUCUAUCGUCGUUUCAUACCACGCUGUCCUCGUUCGGAUGGGUUCUCGCUGCUCGGAUUUCGUCGCUGAUGCUCGGUGUCACGUCUUGAAGAAGAUAACCAGAGAGCUGCCGGUCAGAUGCAUCGACACUUCGCCAUGGAACAUCCCCUCGAAUCUCACCUUAGCUGACCCUCAGUUCCAUGAACCCGGACCCAUCGAUCUCCUCAUAGGAAUGGAGAUGUACUACGACCUGCUGCUUGAAGGUUUCAUCAAACUGGGACCUGAAAGGCCGAUCCUGCAGAACACCGUCUUUGGUUGGGUAGCAUCCGGGAAGGUCGGUUCCAACCAAGCAUCCGAAGGUACUCCGAAGCUCGCUCAUGUCACCAGUGCAGAAUCUCUCAACGAACAGCUUUCUCGGUUUUGGGAAAUCGAAUCCUGCUGGACCAACAGCACUCAUUCGGUGGAGGAAUCCAAGUGUGAAGAGCACUUCGCCGCCACUGUCUUUCGCGACCAAUCGGGUCGCUUUGUAGUCACCCUUCCCAAGCGCCCACUGGUUCUCAACCAGUUAGGAAACUCGAAAGAGAUUGCUGCUCGAAGAUUCCUAGCUCUCGAACGUCGGCUGCUAGUCAAUCCCAAGUUGAUGUCCUCGUACUCCUUCAUCGAUGAAUACCACCAGCUUAACCACAUGCGGGAAGUGUGCGACGAUGCAGCUUUGGCGAACUGUACGUCGUACUAUCUACCGCACCACGGCGUUGAAAAGGCUGACAGUACCACCACGAAAUUGCGGGUAGUAUUCGAUGCUUCCUGCCCCACAGAUAGCGGAAUCUCCUUGAACCAAGCGCUGAUGGUUGGCCCAGUCAUCCAAGACGACCUGCUGGCAAUCAUUUUGCGCUUUCGGAUGCACCGAUUUGUCAUUAUUGCGGACAUCGAAAAAAUGUUCCGCCAAAUCCGUAUAAACCCUGCGGACUACCCUUUGCAGCGAAUCCUGUGGCGUGAUUCUCCCUCGCAACCUCUACGCACCUUCGAACUCACGACAGUGACGUAUGGCACCGCAUCCGCCCCCUAUUUGGCAACGAAGUGCCUUCAGCAGUUGUCCAAGGAUGGUUCAGACGAAUUUCCUCUUGCCUCGCUUAUCCUAGAGAAGGAUUUCUACAUGGACGACAUGCUGACCGGUGUUGACGACGAGGACGAAGCACUUCGCGAUGAACGAACUACACUUUCGCUGGAAUCUCCUUCUGCUCCGAUCAAAACGCUAGGGUUACAAUGGCAGCCAAUGGAUGACGAAUUCCGUUAUUCCGUACCCAAGUGGUCUGAGGAUGGACCAAUAUCUCGACGAAUCGUUUUAUCGGACACGGCGCGACUCUACGACCCUCUUGGAUUGAUCGGGCCGGUCGUAGUACUCGCCAAACUCUUCGUUCAAACACUCUGGCGCUCCUCCAAGAACUGGGACGACCCGCUAGGCGAAUCCGAGCAACAGCAUUGGUUGGAGUUUCGUAACAGUCUAGACGGAUUAGCUACAAUCAGCAUUCCAAGAUGGGCGGCGCCUGCCUCCGUUCUCGUAUCGAUUGAAGUGCACGGGUUCUGCGACGCCUCUGAGAAGGCAUACGGAGCCUGCCUCUAUUUGAGAACCGUUUCGACUGACGGAUCGAUCGCCGUUCGCCUGCUAGCCGCCAAAUCCAAGGUGGCACCCCUCGGCGACUCGAAGAAGCAGAAGCGUAUCUGUUUGCCUAGGUUGGAACUCUCGUCGGCACUUCUGCUAAGUCACCUCUAUCACAAGGUCCAAAGCAGUACAGCGCUGAACGCCAAAUCGAUUUUUUGGACAGACUCGAUGAUCACCUUGCACUGGCUGCGUUCGACACCUUCGCGGUGGAAAACUUUCAUUGCAAAUCGAGUGUCUGAAGUGCAGCAUCUCACCACCAGCGGCAUUUGGGCGCAUGUUCCUGGCAUCGAAAAUCCUGCGGAUAUAAUUUCCCGCGGCAUGUAUCCUGCACAGCUGCAAGAAACCACAUCGUGGUGGAAUGGCCCGCCAUGGUUAAGCCAACCGUCAAGGUUCUGGCCGCCCUUAACUCCGCAACCCUCCGUCGACAUACCGUCUGAACUCCUAGAAGAAAGAGCAGUAUCGCUUCCGGUGCAGGUGCACCCUCCAAACGAAAUCUUCUCCAUCCGGUCGUCAUUUCCAGCGCUCGUUCGUAUCGUAGCUCUUCUUCGUCGCUUCUACCAUAACAGCAAGCCUUGCAAUCGCUCUAACCGGCGGACCGGGUUCCUCCAGACGUCGGAGCUCGCGGAAGCCACCGACAACCUAGUUCGACUAGCGCAACACGAAACCUUUGCCAAGGACCUCGCAGCUGUAGCCAAACACGGUCAGGUUGAUUCAAACUCUGAUCUACGUACUCUCACCCCAAUUCUCGUCGACGGCAUCCUCCGACUUCGUGGCCGACUCAGGAAUGCGGCCAUCUCCGAAUGCCGAAAGCAUCCCAUUAUCCUUCCCGCACGACAUCCUCUAACAACGUCUAUCGUAUCGUACUACCACCUCAAGAAUCUACACGCCGGACCUCAGCUACUUGCGUCAUGCGUCCGGGAGAAGUUUUGGCCACUUCGCCUGCGAGAUCUAGCCAGAAGUGUAGUCCACUCCUGCGUAAGUUGCUUUCGCUGCCGCCCUCGCAAUCUCGAGCAGCUCAUGGGAGAUUUGCCGCCAGAGAGAGUUACUCCGACAUUGCCCUUCAUCAAUACCGGGGUAGACCUUUGUGGACCGUUCCAGUACCGUAAAAUCAGGAAGGCAUCUCCCAUAAAGUGUUUCGUAGCCAUCUUCGUGUGCCUUGUAACCAAGGCAGUUCAUGUAGAGCUAGUCUACGACCUCUCCACUGCGGCGUUCAUAGCAGCGUUGCAUCGGUUUAUUGCUCGAAGAGCAAAGCCGAGCCUCAUAGAGUGCGACAAUGCCACAAACUUCAGAGGAACAGCGCGGGAGUUGAAGGAACUGGCCAAGCAGUUUCGCUCUCAGCAACACCAAGGUGAAGUAGUCAACCGCUGCGCAGAUGAAGGCAUCAUCUUCAAGUUCAUUCCGCCACGCAGCCCAAACUUUGGCGGGUUGUGGGAGGCGGCUGUGAAGUCCUUCAAACAGCACUUUCGUCGGACCGUCGGGAACUCCGUCCUCUCUCAGGACGAAUUCGUCACUCUGCUGACCCGCAUCGAAGCGUGUCUAAAUUCGCGGCCUUUGACGCCGCUAUCGACCGAUCCGAACGACUUGGAAGUGCUAACACCAGGCCACUUCCUCGUUCACCGUCCGCUUACUUGCUUCCCCGAACCCGACCUCUCUGAGGUACCCCGAACUCGACUAGAUCGCUACCAAGAGAACCAAGAGCUCCUCCGGCGAAUCUGGAAGCGGUGGUCAACCGACUACCUCUCUGGCCUCCACCCGCGUACUAGGUGGACUCGCGUGCGGGACAACGUCGCUGAAGGAACGAUGGUUCUCCUGAAAGAAGAUGACCUUCCGCCCCUGAAGUGGAAAUACGGAAGGAUCUCCAACAUUUUUCGUGGGGACGAUGGCAACAUCCGGGUCGUUGACGUUCGGACAGCUGAUGGAGAAUAUCGGCGUGGAAUCGCGAAGAUCUGCGUGCUUCCCAUUCGUCAACCCACAGCCGAACCAGCUGGUACAGCUGGGACCGACCCUGAAGAAUCACCGAUCGCAGUACACUAG